AUGGCAAGCAAAGCGAAAAGCUCAGAUGUAAAGGUUCUCAAAGGUCAAGAAGCCGAAGAUGCAAUAUUGCAAUAUCUGAAAAGAAUGAACCGUCCCUUUGGUGCUGUGGAUGUCGCUGCCAACCUAAAAGGUGCAGUGCCGAAGGCUGCAACGCAGAAGAUCCUCGUCGCUCUAGCAGAAAGGGGGGAGAUUGUGCAGAAAACAUAUGGGAAAACGAGCUUCUUUGUUGCCAAUCAGGCUAGCAUUGACACAGUUCCUGCUGACAAGCUUACAGAACUUGAGGUUGAGUGCAAGACGGUCGAGGACAGCAACAACGUACUUGCGGUAGAGGUCAAAGCUAUAACAGCAGAACUAUCAAAGCUCAAAAAUUGUCCAACGGACGAAGAACUCGAGGCCCAGAUUGCGAGCACGAAAAAGGAAGUGAGUACACGACUCUCACCGAUAGUGCAACUCACCGGCAGACUCGUCCCUCUUCGCUCUGGUGCACCGCUCAUUUCUGCUGAGGAACUCGUCAAGAUCGAUGUCGACUGGGCAAAAUGGCGAGCGCAAUGGACUCGCCGAAGAAAAGUCUUCAUGACGUUAGUUUUUGCCCACCCACUGACACUUCCAGACCAUCAACGCAUCCGAUACAUCCAGUCGUUUUGGCAGCUUGCGACGGAUUCACUCCCACCUCAAGAGGCCGAGAUACUCCUGGAAGAUCUAGGGAUGGAGUUCGAUACUACAGAACACAAGACACUCGAGAAGGGGCCUUUAUGUGCAAUACAAGCUACAAACGCGCGUAGUAACCUUAAGAGGAAGCGGGGAUAG